UUUCCGUCUACCUUCCUGAGAUAUUUUCUUACAGUUCUCUUUUCUCCAGACAACGACAUUUAUUCUCAAAAUAAAAAACCCCAAAGAAAGGAUAGAAAACAAAAGGAAAUUCUUUUAUCUUUUCUGAAAGAGGAAAAGAGGGUAACAGGGUUUACAGGCAACACUACGCGUAGAGUCUCUGUUCUAGUUUUCGUGAACAUUAGUCAUUGUUUCUGAUGGCAAUCCCUGCUUCUCUACUCCCCAUUAGCUCUUCUUCACAUUCAAUCUUUUCUUCUUCUUUGUUGGCUCUGUGUCCUCUGAAGGUUAACCACAGUAGGGCGAUGAAUUAUCGGCGCACAAAUGGGCGGUUUGUGAUUAACUCUUCCUCUUCUGAAAUGGGUUCCAUCAACGACUCCAUGAAUCUCAGGCAGUCACAACUAUCUUCCAUGACUCCUCUUGGGGUAACUAUGAAUGAUGCUGGCAUGUCCAAACCAUCAUGUAAGUGGCAAAGGGUGUUGCUUAAAGUAAGUGGUGAAGCACUUGCAGGAGAUCAUACACAGAAUAUUGACCCAAAGAUUACGAUGGCAAUUGCAAGGGAAGUUGCAUCUGUGACUCGGCUUGGCAUAGAGGUUGCAAUUGUGGUUGGUGGGGGAAAUAUUUUUCGUGGAUCCUCUUGGGCAGGAAGUGGUGGCCUUGAUCGUUCUUCUGCUGAUUACAUUGGGAUGUUGGCUACUGUUAUGAAUGCUAUAUUUCUUCAAGCAACAAUGGAGAGCAUUGGCAUCCCAACUCGUGUCCAGACUGCAUUCCGAAUGUCUGAAGUUGCAGAGCCAUAUAUACGUAGAAGGGCUAUUAGGCAUUUGGAGAAAGGAAGGGUCGUGAUUUUUGCUGCUGGAACUGGAAAUCCAUUCUUCACAACCGAUACUGCUGCAGCCCUUCGUUGUGCAGAAAUUAAUGCAGAGGUUGUGCUGAAAGCUACAAAUGUUGAUGGGGUUUUCGAUGAUGACCCCAGGCGUAACCCAAAUGCUCGUCUCCUUGAUUCUCUUACUUAUCAGGAUGUGUUGUCCAGAGAUCUUUCAGUGAUGGACAUGACAGCUGUUACUUUGUGCCAAGAAAACAACAUCCCUGUUGUUGUCUUCAAUGUAACAAAAUCGGGUAACAUCUCGAGAGCCAUUUUGGGAGAGAGGGUUGGUACUUUGGUUGGAGGACCUUGGGUUUCAACAACGGCAGGGACAUGAGACAAGUUCCAGCAGACUGAUGGGGGUGGCGCAUUCUAUUGCAAUUCAGAUUUGUGAAUUUCAGGAUGAAUUGUUGCUGAAUCAGAUAAGUUUUAGGCUCCAUUUCAGAAAGUGACUCAGAUUUUUGCAUGUGAAGACUGACCACAAAAUACAGAUGACUGGUUUUGAUUUUUCUUAUAUCACAGAUUAGGACUUUUUCUUUUUUUUUCUUUUUGAAGCUAAGAGUGUAAAUAUUUGUUAGGAAGACUUACAUGUGUCAUCUAGAAGGGAUUAUAGAUCAAAAACAGUGUCUCAGAAGGCUCCAUAGUUAUUCUUUUUGCUUUUGGCUGGGUGCGGUUGAUUUUUGCUUGAGAGGUUGAAGUUCAUCAAUGAUGUACUUUGAAUGCUAUUCCAGAAAAUUUAAGUCUUUUGGCAGUA